AUGGCGUCAAUCAACACCAUUGGUUUCCAAGGGAAUUGGAAUCUGAGCAAUGCAAAGAAGGAAAAUGUGAUAUACACUGGAAAUCUUAGAUAUAAUUAUUUUCAUCAUCACAACAGCAAACGAAGAUUUUCAUUGGUGAUUACAGGUUGUAACCAUGGAAGUACUUAUAAGAAAGUGGACACAAUUAAUGGAACCAAAGUGAAUGGUUUACAAGUGGCAGAGGCUCCAAGAAAAUUGACAAGUGAAAACACAACAGAUGUUGGUCUUGUUACAAAUGGAAAAUUUGUUGAAGGGAGGCUUGUGUUUCGACAGAUUUUUGUUAUUAGAUCCUAUGAAAUUGGUCCAGAUAGAACUCUCACCAUGGAGACACUCAUGAAUUUUCUUCAGGAAACUGCACUAAAUCAUGUUACAAGCUCUGGGAUAGGAGGAGAUGGAUUUGGAGCUACCCGCGAGAUGAGCCUAAGGAAACUCAUUUGGGUUGUUACUCGUAUUCAGGUUCAAGUGCAAAGAUAUAACAAAUGGGGAGAAGAAAUUGAAGUUGAUACCUGGGUGGAUGCAGCAGGAAACAAUGGAAUGAGAAGAGAUUGGAUAAUCAGAGAUCGCUGUACCGGAGAGAUCAUAACUAAAGCAACAAGCACAUGGGUGAUAAUGAACAGAGAAACAAGAAGAUUAUCGAAAAUACCCGAAGAAGUUAAAAGAGAGCUUUCUCCUUUUUACAUUCAUAGGAUUGCUGUAGCGAGUGAAGAAAGAGAUUGUGAAAAGAUAGACAAACUCACAGAUGACACUGCUGAGACAACACGUUCUGGUUUGGCUCCAAGGUGGAAUGACAUGGAUGUUAACCAGCAUGUUAACAAUGUGAAAUACAUCGGAUGGAUAUUAGAGAGUGUGCCGAUGAAAGUUCUAGAGGAUUAUAAAAUGAAAAGCUUGACUUUAGAGUAUAGGCGUGAAUGUACACAAUCGAAUACGUUGGAAUCUAUGACAUGUCCAACAGAAAGAGUGAUAGGCGAAUCUGAUAAUAAUUCCAGCAAUAGAAAACCUGAUCUGCAAUACACACACUUACUUCGUUUACAAGAUGAUAAAAAAGAAGUUGUUCGAGCUAGAUCUGAAUGGCAUUUAAAGCAAAAUCAGCAAUGA